AUGUUGUAUUUUGUUCUUAGAUGGGUGUUGCGUUGGCUGGUGACGGCGACGGCGUGGGGCGCGCUGUGCGGCGGCGGGCGCGCUCACACGCCCGCGCUCACGCCAGCGCUCACGCCGCCGUGCCCCACGCACUGCAUAUGUCUUUCUCAGUCGCAGGUUGUGUGCAACAGCGCGACGCUGCGCGGCGUGCCGUCAGCGCUGAGCGCGAGCGUGACGCAGCUGUCGCUGUCCCGCGCCGACCUGCGCGUGCUGCGCUCUGACGCCUUCGCGCACCUGCGCCAGCUGCGGCGGCUCGCGCUGGACGCCUGCAACCUCACUCGCAUCCGCCCCUUCGCCUUCCGUGGCCUCCCGCGACUACGCGAACUUUACAUACAACACUCGCCGCUCACCACCGUCGACGCGUUCGCCUUCGCCGCCCUACAGAAUAUCACUUCUAUCGUCCUAACACAUAACAGGAUCGCUCAGAUCGAAGGAUACGCUUUCGCAGGAACCAAUUUCAUAAAGCUCAUUUCCCUUCGAAAUAAUCCUAUUAAACGCAUUUUAGCACAUGCCUUCUCGGGACUUAAUGAUGUUGCGCAGAUCGAACUACCCUCAGGAAUAAGAUCAAUCGAACCUCAAGCUUUUGCGGGGUUAGAAGGGGUCGGCGUCCUUGAGCUCGCUUACAUGGACCUACCCGCCGUGCUGCCUGAUACUUUCAGAGGGUUAGUGCGCGUUGGCCGCCUAGCUCUACGAGAAUCAGAUUUGGGUGUCGUUAGGGUCGGCGCCUUUGAUGGCCUGCAGAGGGUCGAUACAUUAGAAAUAUGUAAUAACAAAAUUGACGCCGUCGAGGAACUAUCACUUGUGCAGAAUAAUAGCGUCACAACAUUCAAACUCACCGGGAACCACAUGUUGGAGACUCCGGAGGCAGUGAUUCUGGAGGUUGACAAUAUAGUGAUUCGAGGAAAUCACUUGCCUUGCGAGUGUGGUCGGGAUCCUCUCGCUAACCCACUAGCUCUGACACAAGAUUUUGCAGAGGAAAACUUUUGUAUAUCACCUCUGAAAGUGAGAGGACGAAGCCUGGGCAGCGUGGGGGCCGGCGGCGCGGGCUGCCGCGGCGAGGCGGGGGGGAGCGCGCGCGCGCGGGCCGCCGGCGCCGGCGCACGCCCGCUGGACGCGCUCUCCUCGCCGCGUCUGGCGCUCACCGCUGCCACCCUCGUCUUUCUCGCGAGUAGUUAACCGCCUUCGGUGUUCAAUUAAGUGAGAUGUAUCCAUUUGUAAAUAUUGUAAUAUAUGCGAUUGAAAAACAUAAUAAUGCGAAAUUUUACAUUGAAAGGGUCCGUUCAUUGUGUAUACGUUGGACCAUGAAUAAAAUUUGCCUUUGGAAAUAGCCUAAUGUUUUCUUUAUUCUGAUUUCACAUUUGUGUGUGAACUAGACCCCAAAAUGAUAUUGCCAUAAAGUACCAUUUCAUAACAGUACAUAUCAGUACCAUUCUCUAAACGUGAAACUGAAAGAUGAUCGACCCGUUCAUCAAAAAAGGCAUUCGAAGAUUUAUGGUAAAGUAAAAAUAGCGUUUAUCUGUAUUUCUAGUCAAUUAGCAGACGCCAUCAGAUAGCGGCUGAGUAAUGUUCCGUCGUCCGGGCGCGCGCCGGGCGCCGGCUGCCGGCUGCGGCGAGCGCCGGCUCACCGCUGUCCGCCUUCAAGAUACACAAUUGUCGUUUGUUCUUAACUGAUGGAACGUUAACUAUUACAACUCAUAUACUCUACUGUCUUUUCAGUGAACUAACUUGUGUUCAUUUGUAUCUACGACUUCAAAUAAUAGAUAAACGAAGCGCCAAAAGCAUAGAGGCAUUAAAG